AUGGAAGGAAAAUGUCGACAAGAGCUCAAAAAAGGGACAGAAGCACUAGAACAGCUAAAAGAGGAGGAAGUCUCUGAGGGCGAAUUAGAGAAACUAGAAAUAGAAACGAAACUGGAAACAGAACCAACUGUGCCAGGGCCACCCUGGCCGCCUCCGUACGAUCCUACUGAUCCUACUGGAGGUUCGGGAAGGAGUUUUUGUCCUGAGGCCUGGAGGGAGUUAAGACCACAAUGUUUUAUGGUUGCUAUUUGCAUUAAUGGCUUAAACUGCUUCUUUAAAUUUCUUGCCUGGAUUUAUACAGGUUCAGCAAGUAUGUUCUCAGAAGCUAUACAUUCAUUAUCUGAUACUUGUAACCAGGGUUUGCUAGCACUGGGCAUCAGCAAGUCUAUUCAAACACCAGAUUCUUCUCACCCGUACGGCUUUUCAAAUAUGCUCUAUAUUUCUUCAUUGAUUAGUGGUGUUGGUAUUUUCAUGAUGGGCGCAGGACUCUCUUGGUAUCAUGGAGUCAUGGGAUUGCUUUGUCCUCAACCAAUGGAAUCCCUCCUAUGGGUGUAUUGUAUUUUAGCAGGAUCUUUGGUGUCUGAAGGAGCAACACUUCUUGUUUCCAUAAGUGCACUUCGCAGGAGCUCUCAGGCCAAGGACACGUCAUUUUAUAAGUAUGUCAUGGAAAGACAUGAUCCGAGUACAAAUGUUAUUCUGUUGGGGGACGCUACAGCUGUUUUAGGAGUGAUAAUUGCGGCUACCUGCAUGGGCCUUACCCCCAUAACAGGCAAUCCAUUGUAUGACAGCCUGGGUUCCUUGGGUGUGGGCAUCUUACUAGGCAUGGUCUCGGCAUUCCUCAUCUAUACUAACACAGAAGCAGUCCUAGAAUGA